AGAUGAUAAUACUGCUCAGUUCCUGAAUGUUCCAGGUACCUCUGCUAACAAGCCUUUAUUCUAGAAAGGAGCUGAGGAUCUUUGGGUCCCAGGUGAAAGGGCCAGGAAUGUCUUGAUGUUAGCCCUAAACCCUUGUUAGAUGCCCUACUUGUAUAAAUUGAGCCUCAUUUCUUCCUGCAGGUAACUUACCUCUCUGCACCUUGGUUUUUUCCAUCUGUAAAAUGGGAAUAAAAUUAUCAACCUUGCAGGGUUACUGUGAAGUUCAGUAAUCUAGAUAAAACAUAUAGCUCAGUGCCUAGCACACAGAAGGCAUUUAGUGAAUGUAGUGGUUAUUAAAGCCCCUAGCACUUAGGAGACGUUCAUGGAACACUUGCUGAAUGAAUGAAGAAGCCUAUCAUAAAAGGCUUCACCAAGGAGAUAGGUCUUAAAGGAUAGAUGAGAUCUGGGCAGACAUUAAUGAAGAAAGCAUUGUCUAUGGGAGGGACAGGGCAAGCAAAGAAGAAGAAUCGGGUCUGCACAUUGCAGUCCUGCUUAGGCAAGUGGAGGGAACAGUCUGGCUAGAAUAGAGGCUGGGGGCCAGGGCUCGGGGAGGGCAGGCAGAGCAGAAGGGGAGCCAGGCUGAGCGUGGAUAGGGACCACUGUGUCUGCCUGGCCAGAUGGCUAUUUUGCCAGGCCCGCUUGCUCUGCCGACCACUUGCCUCUGGUUCCCCUUCCUGGCCACAGCCCCUCGUUCUUGAUUGGCAGAGGCUGGCCUUUCCCAUUGUGGCCUGGUGGCUGGGCAAGCUGAAGGCUUAAAAGAGGAAGCAUCAGGAUGAGAUUGGUUUUCAACCAAUAUCUUAUUAAGGAAGUUGAGUCAUUACACUUCUGCAGUUUGUCCCUCUGGGCAUUCAGAGAAGGACAAGUUUCUACUUCCAGAUGAAAUAAUCGUGAGAGGGAUUUGCCCUGGUCUGCCCUGGCCCCUCAGUGGACAUUCUCAAGAGGAGAAAUGGUCACUGUGGCACUGUAAGAUGGAGAUUUUUAUUUCCCUUUUAUAUGUGGGAGAACCAAGGCUCAAGGUGUUGAAUGCCUUAGGAAAGGUGCAAGGCACUUUGACUGUAUGAUGCCGAAACAGAGAAGUCCCAUCAUCUCAGUAACGAUGUUCACUAGCCUGGUAAGGACAAGGGAAUGAACAUUCAUUUAACAUCUUCUAUGAGCCAGGCAAACCGAUUGGCAUUUCAUAUACUUUACCUCACUCAGUCCUCAAAACAACUCUGAAGAACAAAGAAAAGAAACUCAGAGAAGUUAAUUAAGUUACCUGCUCAGGUUUAGCCUGCAGACUCAGAAGGCAGCAGCCUGGUUCAACCCCAUCUCCACAACUUGUAACUCUGAAACUUUUUUAGCAGCCUAUUUAACUUCUCUAAGCCUCAGCUUUCACAUCUGAAAAUGAGAUUAGUAACAGUAGGUGCUUAAUAAACAGUGACAGUUAUUGUUUUGAAUUGGAGUCCUCUGUCCCUAAAUUAAUCCUGACAAAUCUUUACGUUUUUGGAACUAGAAGGAACCUCAAAAGAUUUGCUAGGGCACUGGUUUUCAAACGGUCUUCCUCAAAGACCAAGACUCCACAGAGGUCCUUGGUGGACGAAGGGAAGCUGAGCACGAAGGGAAGCUGAGCACAUGGGGCUCUUCCCACACUCUUACCCAGAGCAGCUGUUUCUCAUGUGAGUUACAUACCAGUUGCAUGCUUCUAGGUCUUUUAUAUAUUGGGGGUUGAGGUAUGAUUUCAUUUGACAAAAAUGGUCCCACUGCUUUUAAAAAAAACAAAAAGUUCCUAGUCUGGUGAUUUCAUUACACUGUACUUACUAAAGCAGGAAACUAAAAUAGGAUACAUUUUUUAAGUUACCAUCAUUAAAGAGCAAAACCUAAAACAUUAUUUUUGUACCUUCCAGUUAAUAAAAAAUUCAUUCAUUCUGUCCCAGAAUCCAAGGAGCGGGAGUUUUGCUGUCAGAGAAAACGUUGCUAUUGCCUUAGAGCAGUGCCAUCCAAUAGAACUUUCUGCAUCAGUGGAGAUGUUCUCCAUCUGCACUAUCCAGUAUGGUAGCUAGUGUAACUGAGGAACUGAUUUUCAAUUAAUUUAUAUAGAAAGUGUGGCUAAUGGCUACCAUAUUGGGUGGUGCAGCCUUAGAGUAUAGAGCAGGGUCAGAUGGUAGUCCCUGGCCCCUCAGCAUCAGAAUCAUCCAGAGAACUUGUCAAAAGUACAGGUCUGGGCCUAAUGCCCAGUGGUUCUGAUUCAGUAGCCUAGGGUGAGUGAUUUUAAGAAGUCAUCUGGUUAUUCUAACUUACAGUCAGGUUGGAAACCGCCGAGUUACAGAUCUCUUCCUUGGAUUGGAAGGACAGAGCCAGAAUCGAACAUUUUGCUCUCGUGCUUAUCUUUUAGGGAUACUAGAGCAGCCUUCUGGGGAAUACAGACCCUUUGAGAAUAUGAUGAAAGCUAUGGACCUCUUUUCUUGGAAAAAUACAAAUGGCGCAUUGUUUCUGGGGACUCACAGUUCUCCCUAAAGCCAUCCUUGGACUCAGAUUUAAUUCCUCAACUUGGACAAAAGACCUUUACUAGCUGGUGGGGAGCCACGUUCAGUCUCAGGACUCAGGAGCCUUGCUCACAGCAGGCACAUCACACAGCUAGGACCUGGGGUUGAUUCUGGUACCACGCCAGUCAUUCCUGCCCCCCAAACUUCUCCACGGUGUCAUCAGGGCUCCACAGGAGAGAGAAUAGGCAUUGUACAUGCAUCAGGUCCUAAAAUAAUACUGAAUGAAUUCUACUUCUCCUUUCCUCUUUUGUUUUCAUGAACUUGUGGGCGGGCUGAGUGGGUUUGGCUGUUGCCACUGCUCAUGUUCACAGCUCUGACACAGAGAACAUCAGGGUCAAAAUGCAUUCGAGGCCUGAGUGGAAUGGAGAGUGUCCAGGCUGAGUAAUGGAUCAGGAUUUUGACUUGCCUUCAGAGGCAGAAACAUAACUAGCUCCCACUUAGUCCUUGCCUCCCCCAUAAGCUGCAGGAGGGACAAGGGGUAGAGAUGUGGGGCUGUGCGCUGGGGAACGAGCCAGGGGCCGAAGCCCAGGGCUGGGAAGGCCACCUGGCCAGCAGUCCCAGGCUUACUGCAGAACUUUGUUUUUUUUCUUUUUGUAGACCAGAACCCAUACAGAAGUUGGGGAAGAAAGGGGAGUGAGCAUGUGUGUAUGUAGGAGUGCUGCUGUCAGGCCAAUGUGUCCCAAGAAUAGUCUCUUGAACUUGGAGGCUAUCGGUGAGGGUCUGAGUCAUGGUCAUGUGGCAUAGGAAAAGAGCCACAGGAGAAGCUUUACAGCUCUCAGGGCAUGAUUUUGUGCCUCUGGGAGGUGAGGGUCAGUCCGUUUCCCCGUGCCCUUCACAGGUUCAGCUGCCAUCUGCUGGGUCAGCUUCUCAACAGUCUCUUUGUUACUCUCUCUGCUUGCCAGGCUGUUGAAUGAGUCAUCAGGGAACUGCAAAGGAGGCUCUGAGCUUGGCUGCCUCAGCCUCAGCCUCAGCUUCUUCUCUGGGGAUGGAGAAGGCUGGUGUGCUCAUGGAGGGAGAAACAGGGCCCCUGGCCAGCUGCCUACCUAACCACAAGAUGAAAGGACAGCUCCCAGGGGCAAGGGGAUGCCCCACAGCCUCUCUGGAGGAGCUCUAGCUCAGGAUGAGCAAUCCAGAACACUCGGUGAGCCAUACCAGAGAGAGACAGGCUCUCUGAGCUCGAGGGCAGCUAGAUCACUGGACUACUGAGUGCCCUUGGAACAAGCUAUGCACCACUCAGCCUCAUCUUUCUCAUCAGUCAAAUGGGCUCUCUUUAUCCCCAGUGCUCAGGCUCAUCUUGUCUCUGAAAGGCAUAGAAAAGCACUCUUCACCCUUUGAUCCCAUCAUUCAGCCAACAUCCAUUGUCUGAUCUGUGCCCUGCUAUGCUACAUACUGGGGGCACAACUGUGUACACUGUUCUGACCAGGGAAAACCAAGAGUUCCCCUUCCUUGUGUUUCCUGUAACCCAGGAGACUUCGGGAAUGGGCAACACAGCCUAAAAAGCCCUGGGUUCUGGGUCCUGCCCUGCUCUGCCACACAUGGGCUGGGUUAGCUUGGGCAAGCCUCCACUUAAUUAGGUCUCAAUUUUUUCAAGUAAAACUGAGGAGGUUAAAGUAAUGUCAAGAUCCCUGUAAGCAAACCUCUAAUACCAUUAGGUUUGAAAAUUUUUUGGUUUGUUUUUUUAACAUCUCAUUUCCCUUGGUAAAGAGGCUGAGAAAAGUAGGAUAUACUCUAGGCCCUAGAUCAAUUCUUUUUUGGAGGGGCAGGGAGUUGGGGAGGUAUGGGGUGAGGUGAAAGUAUGGUUAAAAGAAAAUUACCCUACCUUGGAGGGCUUUCCUCUAAUUUAGGAAUCAGGAUACUCCUUAAACUUCAGAAGAUCAUCGUAUAACCAUGAGGCUGCCCAGUCAGCCGCCUCAGUGUCUGGCCUUCAGGACAGGAUCCAGGUGCCCAUACUGGAAGCUGGGAGCUGCUUGGAGUUCAGAGGGUGAGGAGGCCCUUGAAGGCAGAGGUGCCAGGAUCAAAUUAAUAGUCGCCAACAAACCCUGCCCCCACCCUCACCCCAUCCCCCAAUCAAGUUGGCUCAGCCUUUGGUAGCCCAUGUGGUGGGGAAAGAUGAGUGAGGGAGAUUCAAUAGGAAGAAGGCUUCAACCUAGUAUUUCCCAGCUUCCCACGGUCUCACGGGCCAAGGGCCAGAGACAUUAGAGGUUUGGCUUUACGUGAUCUGUCUUUCUUCCCCAAGAGCAAAUGGAAGGGGUGAUCUAGAUUUAAUGGAGUUACAGGAGGGAAGACUACAGCUGUUAGUUACUGUUUUAAAACUCUCAUCAGAGGACAGUUAUUAAAAACCUGGCUGCAUUUGGUUCCUUCCCAGGCUUUGUCUAAAGCAAGUCACACCCCAGAGGUGCAUUGCCCUUUGGGAGUCCACAGUCCUGGUCAUUAAAAAGAUUUCCAAAUGGUGACAAUCUCAGACCAGUGCUGUUGUCUUCCAUGACAGUUCUGGUCUCCAUGCUAUUCAGACAUAUUGUCACUUCCUUGGUAACAGACAGGGCUGGCCGAGAUAGAACCCAGAUAAAACUGAAUUCUUGUUCUUUGUCCUCAUAUUUUUAGAGCUAUAGGUUGGUGUUGGGGUUCUAAUAUAAAUUCCACUACUAAUGUUGCCCGAAAGAGGAAUGAUACCUAGAAGAAGUUUUCAGCAAAUGAGUUAGGACGUUAUAGAAGGAAGCAUGUCAGUUCCUUCUAGAGAGCCACAAACAGAUGCCUCUUAGGAAAGAAGCAAACUACUGAGCUCUGCUAUUUGCAUGCUGAUUUUAGACUUUCUAAGACUUUAUACAUAUGUGUGUAUUUAUACAUAUGUGUGUGUGUAUGUAUAUAUGUAUAUGUAUACAUGCACAUACACACAUUCACACUUAUACAUACAUAUAUACCUUCUGCUGGGAAAAACAAAAACAAAAACUUGAUUCUCUCCAUUUGGAGAAAAGCUACUGUGGCUGGGUAUAGACAAGUGCUCUAAGAAGGCAAGGCCUGUGUGGGGUCAGUGAGGUGACGGAUGGUUUUGGAGGGUAGGAUCCACCACCCUUUCCUAGGGGAGCAUAUAUUUGCCGUAAAACCAACAACAGAAAAAGAUUCAGCCAUUAUAAAGGCAAGAAAAAGGCAGCCCAGAUGUUUGUGUUGUCACUGUCCUAGAGGAGAUGGUUCCGGAAUCCUGUUGGACAGAGUGGAAGAGUUCGUUUAUGCUGGGGAGCUGGCAGGGCCAGGGCACACACAACAUGGUGCAUGUGUAGAUGCUGAGAGGUUGACUCCUUUACCGUUUAGGGUGUUGGAAAAUAAAUACAUGUGGCAUGAAGAGGCAGAGGCCCUUUCCCUCCUACUUCUCUCCAACCCAAGCCUGAUCUAGGCCCAUUGGCAUCUGGGAUUAUGGUGACCUGCUCUGUGUUUGGUCUCUCUCAGGGUGAGCGUGAGCCUGGGAGAUGGCAGUGAUGGAAAUGGCCUGUCCAGGCACCCCUGGCUCGGCAGUCGGGCAGCAGAAGGAGCUCGCCAAAGCCAAGGAGAAGGCGCAGACAGUGGGGAAGAAUCAAAGCUCCAUGUGCAAGCUUAAGGCCUCAGAGAAGAGCUCCGUGUUCUGCGGGAAGUGGGAUAUCCUGAACGAUGUGAUUACCAAAGGCACAGCCAAGGAAGGCUCCGAGGGAGGACUGGCUGCCAUCUCCAUCAUUGCCCAGGCCGAAUGUGAGAAUAGCCAAGAGUUCAGUCCCACCUUUUCAGAACGAAUUUUCAUCGCUGGGUCCAAACAGUACAGCCAGUCUGAUAGUCUUGAUCAAAUCCCCAACAAUGUGGCCCAUGCAACUGAGGGCAAAAUGGCCCCUGUAUGUUGGAAGGGAAAGCGGCGCAGCAAAGCCCGGAAGAAACGGAAGAAGAAGAGCUCGAAGGCCCUGGCUCAGGCGGGAGUGGCCUUGGCCAAACCUCUCCCCAGGACCCCCGAGCAGGAGAGCUGCACAGUCCCGGUGCAGGAGGAUGAGUCUCCACUAGGCUCCUCAUAUGUUAGAAACACACCCCAGUUUAUCAAGCCUCUGCAGGAGCCAAGCCUUGGCCAACUAUGUUUUAAGAAACUCGGGGAGGGCCUGCGGCCAGCACUUCCUCGAUCAGAAUUCCACAAGCUGAUCAGCCCCCUGCAAUGUCUGAACCAUGUGUGGAAACUCCACCACCCCCAGGAUGUGGGCCCCCUGCCCCAACCCGUUCACCCCUUCCCCUACAGCAGACUGCCCCAUCCCUUCCCAUUCCACCCUCUCCAGCCCUGGAAACCUCACCCCCUGGAGUCCUUCCUGAGCAAACUGGCAUGUGCAGAUGGCCAGCAGCCCCUGCCUGGCCCACACCUGGGCAAGUUGGCAUGUAUAGACAGUCAGAAGCCCCUGCCUGGCCCACACCAGAAGCCCAGCUGUCCAUCACGUGGUACCUGUGAGAAGUUUUCUGUGGAGGAAUACCUGGUACACGCUCUGCAGGGCAGUGUGAGCUCAGGCCAGGCCCACAGCCUGGCCAGCCUGGCCAAGACCUGGUCGGCAGGGGGCCCCAGGAUGCAGGGACCCAGCCCCGAAACUGAGGACAGCGAGGGAGUCCUGCUUAAUGAGAAACUCAAGCCGGUGGAUUAUGAGUACCGAGAGGAGAUUCACUGGGCCACACACCAGCCCCGCCUGGGCAGAGGCUCCUUCGGAGAGGUACACAGGAUGGAGGACAAGCAGACUGGCUUCCAGUGUGCUGUCAAAAAGGUGCGAAUUGAAGUGUUUAGGGCAGAGGAGUUGGUGGCAUGUGCAGGAUUGACCUCUCCCAGAAUUGUCCCUUUGUAUGGUGCUGUGAAGGAAGGUCCUUGGGUCAGCAUCUUCAUGGAACUGCUGGAAGGUGGCUCCCUAGGCCAGCUCAUAAAGCAGAAGGGAUGUCUGCCAGAGGACCGGGCCCUUUACUACCUGGGCCAGGCCUUGGAGGGGCUGGAAUACCUGCAUACACGAAGGAUUCUGCAUGGAGAUGUCAAAGCUGACAAUGUGCUCCUGUCCAGCGACGGGAGCCGCGCAGCCCUCUGCGACUUCGGCCAUGCUGUGUGCCUUCAACCUGAUGGUCUGGGGAAUUCCUUACUUACAGGGGACUACAUCCCCGGCACAGAGACCCACAUGGCUCCAGAGGUGGUGAUGGGCAAGCCCUGUGAUGCUAAGGUGGACAUCUGGAGCAGCUGCUGCAUGAUGCUGCACAUGCUUAAUGGCUGCCAUCCUUGGACUCAGUACUUCCGAGGGCCACUCUGCCUCAAGAUUGCCAGCGAGCCCCCACCUGUGAAGGAGAUCCCACCUUCCUGUGCUCCUCUCACUGCCCAGGCCAUCCAAGAGGGGCUGAGGAAGGAGCCCAUCCACAGAGCAUCUGCGGUGGAGCUGGGGGGCAAGGUCAGCCUGGCACUGCAGCAAGUGGGAGGUCUGAAGAGCCCUUGGAGGGGAGAAUAUAAAGAACCAAGACAUCUGCCACCAAACCAACCGAACUAUCACCAGACCUUCUGCGCCCAGCCAAGGGAGCUCUCGCUAGGGGCCCCAGGGCCCCAGCCAGCUGAGGACACAGCAGACGGGGCUCCUAAGCUCCAGCCUCCUCUACCACCAGAGCCCCCAGAGCGGAACAAGUCUCCAGCCCUGAACUUGAGCAAGGAGGAGUCUGGGACAUGGGAACCCUUGCCUCUGUCCUCCCUGGACCCAGCCCCUGUCAAAAGCCCCAGCUCACCAGAGCGCAGGGCAACCUUCCCUGAGCAGGAACUGCAGCAGCUGGAAAUAGAAUUAUUUCUGAACAGUCUGUCCCAGCCAUUCUCUCUGGAGGAGCAGGAGCAGAUCCUGUCGUGCCUCAGCGUCGACAGCCUCUCCCUGUCAGAUGACAGUGAGAAGAACCCAUCAAAGGCCUCUCAGAGCUCGCGGGACACCCUGAGUUCCGGCGUGCACUCAUGGAGCAGCCAGGCAGAGGCUCGCAGCUCUAGCUGGAACAUGGUGCUGGCCCGGGGGCGGCCCACAGAUACCCCGAGCCAUUUCAAUGGUGUGAAAGUCCAAAUACAGUCCCUCAAUGGCGAACACCUGCACAUCCGGGAGUUCCACCGUGUCAAGGUGGGAGACAUCGCGACUGGCAUCAGCAGCCAGAUCCCGGCUGCAGCGUUCAGCUUGGUGACCAAGGAUGGGCAGCCCGUGCGCUAUGACAUGGAGGUACCAGACUCGGGCAUUGACCUGCAGUGCACCCUGGCCCCCGAUGGCAGCUUUGCCUGGAGCUGGAGGGUCAAGCAUGGCCAGCUGGAGAACAGGCCCUAGCCCUGCCUUCCACCACCAGCUCUGCUCUGCCGAAACAGCCUUCCUUGUUGGUGGCUAGAUGCUGCCCCUGAGACACGGGCUCAGCCUGCUCCCAGGGAGCUGCUAUCCCCUGGCUCAGCAGUGGGACCAGUGGCUGGCAGCAGCAAAGCAGGACUAGCAAACACCACCCAGGAUUUCCCGCCUGAGUCCUGCCUGAGCCCGCCAAGAGAACACUGCCCACGUGAGGAGGAGGAGGAAAGCAUGAGACCUCUUCCCUCCAGAAGUGAAGAAGGUCUUCUCUGCCCUUGGCCCUAACAAGCUGGCUUGGCCCGUUUGGAUCAGCGAGCACUUGCUGGCAGUCAGGGAGAGUAGCUUCUGGCUUGGGUCAGGGGGUGGGUGAACACCUUUUCUCCUCAGCCUUUGGUCAGGUGUGAGGAUGUCAGUGUCUAAGAGCCCACACCUAGGUCCAGUACAGGCCCUUGGGUUAAUGGGGGGGGCCUCUGCCCCCUCGUGUGGCCUUUCCUGGCCAUCUAACCCACUUUUCGAUCUAGAACUGUUCAGAUGAAGUCAGGAAGGAAGGAGUCCCUGGGAGCUUCCACCACACUUUUCAGGUUGUUGCAGCACAGGUCCAGUUGUUGAACUUGGCUUCAACCAAGAACCAAAGGUGUUUAAGUGGAAUGGUUCUCGGUCCCCAAGCACGCACCCUUUGCUGCUGGCCAGCACUUUCCCCAGAGCAGCAGGCCGUCCUGACAUCCCGAGCGCACACUGCAGACCAGCACUGCCCCGACCAGCUGCACUCAGUUCCCUCAUCUGUAAAAGUGAAGGGUGGACGCGAGACCCCCUUGACCUGAAUGGUCUGAGGAUGGGGCAUGAUGGAUGCAAAAGAAAGCAGCAGACAGCAGCACCAUUACUGCCAGAGCCACGGCUUUGACACCGAGCACACCAUCUUCCCCAAGGAUGCAGCCAGGGCCGCACACCCGCACUGACCCUGCCCUGCCCACAUGGGCACUGCCAGCUACACUUUGCACUCUGAUGACCUCAAAGCACUUUCAUGGCUGCCCUCCAGGAGGGCAGGUCAGUGGCUCUGCUUGAGCACAAGUAAUGACAUGGCCCCCAGCGGGCCAGGAGAGAGGGUGAAGGGACUCAAGUCUUGACCUGUCUACACUCACAUGACCCCUAAAACCUCUUCCAGAUUUCUCUUAAGAUGAGCUCCCCUCCCCAUUGUCCCAGCCCAGGGGGGUUGAUCAGGACGCAGGUAGCAUUAAAUCAACUGUGAAUCAUUGGGGGUGAGGGGCUUGCUAGCCUUAGCCUCCUGCAGUCAUGGGGGGCUCCUUUGAAACACCUUCCUGGGGAACAGCACCUUAUCAAGUUUCAGAAAGCUUGUCCCCACAUUUUGCCAAGGUGAUGUCUGUCCAGCUAUUCGCAUCGAGCCAUACUGUUACCCAGGGAGAGACUCCCAGUCCCCAACACGUGACACUGCAGCCUUGGUACUGCGGAGUCUGGGUUGUAGAGAACUGUAAGCAAUAAAGUUUGGGGUGAUGACAGUUGUUCUCUGGGCCGUGGGUGUCUACCCUACUUGCUGCUUGCUGAACUCCUAAUCCUAACCACUGCCUUCUCUGGCCUUCUUGGAGGCGUCUUUUCGAGCCAGCCCUUUGUUUUGGGCAAGGACUGUUUUCAGUCCUUGAGUUUGGCUGCUUCCCCACCACCCCUGCCCCCUCUGGGGUCUCCAGACCAGUUGGGUUAGAUGCCCCACCCAGUGGCAGGAGGGAAGUUCCUGGCCAGACGCUGCCAGGUCACAGGGGAGGAGGAGAAGGCAGUCCAGUGACACCAGGAGACAAGUUAGGGAUGGGCACUGACCACAGAACAGACUGUGCCACCCCUCCCAGCUGCCUCCUGCGCUCCUGCGCGCGACCAAAGAUGACUUUCAGGAGUGGGUGCCUUGGUCAGGGUCAGGGCCUGUGUGAGGAUGAAUGCCACAGGCCACAUGGGUGCCUUGUUAAGCUGACUCCA